AUGGAAGAAGAUGCCAAAACCUUUGUAAGAAGAUGCCAAUCCUACCAGAAAUUUGGGAACUUGAUACAAACACCAGCAGUUGAGCUGUACAACAUCAAGACUCCUUACCCAUUUCACACUUGGACAUUUGACUUGGUAGGUCCAAUAGCGCAGCAAUCCAAAGGUCACAGAUGGAUACUUGCAGCGACAGAAGUUAACACCAAGUGGGUAGAGGCUAUACCAAUAAGAAAAGUAGAUAGGGCAGGAGUGGCCAACUUUAUCAAGGAAAACAUAAUCUGCAGGUUUGGCAUACCCAAAGUAAUUUUGCCUAACAAUGGAACUCCCUUUGUGAAUCGCCAUGUGGGAAGAUUCUUGGACACUUAUCAGAUCAAGCACCACAAGUCUACCCCGUACUACCCGCAAGGGAAUGGACAAGUUGAGGCAACCAACAAAACCCUCAUCUGA